UCUGCCGCCUCGUUUUUGUGUUCGUAGUGCGCAUGCGCCACUCACCAACCUCCUCACUAGUCCUCCGUGGUGGCGGCGAAGAAGGAGUUUGGGAGUUCAAAAUGGCUGCGGCGACGGUGGUGGAGUUGGGGAUGCGGGGACGCGGAAUUGAAGAAGCUGAUAUUUCUGAGCGAAGUGCAAAUGAAGAAAAUGGGGAUAUUUCAGAAGGAGACCAACCACAAAUUAAACACAGCCGACAUAAAAAAAAGAAACACAAACAUCGAGGCAAACAUAAGAAACAUAAACAUUCUUCAGAAGAAGAUAAGGACAAAAAGCAUAAACAUAGGCACAAACAUAAGAAACAUAAACGAAAGGAGGUUGCUGAUGUCUCUGAUAAAGAAGAUGGGCCAGCAAAAAGAACUAAAAUUGACUUCUUAGCUCCUCUAGAAGAUUUAGAGAAACAAAGAGCAUUAUUAAAAGCUGAGCUUGAAAAUGAGCUAAUGGAAGGAAAGGUUCAAUCUGGGAUGGGAUUAAUAUUGCAAGGAUAUGAGUCAGGUUCAGAAGAAGAGGGAGAAAUCAAUGAUAAGGUGAGAAAUGGAACUAGAUCUGCAACUAAAUCAUCAAAUGUUAAGGGAAAGCUUGAGAUUGUAGACAAUAAAACUAGUUCAAAGAAACGCAGUAAGAGCAGAUCAAAAGAACGGACUCGACACAGGUCUGAUAAAAAGAAAAGCAAGUCAGGAGUUGAUGGAAUAAAAGAGAAAGCUACUAGAAGUAAAUCUAAAGAAAGAAAAAAAUCGAAAAGCCCAUCUAAAAGAACAAAGUCUCAAGACCAAAUAGGAAAGUCAAAAUCUCCAACCCUUAAAAGGCGCUCUCAAGAAAAAAAUAGGAAAUCUAGGUCUCCUCCUGAAGAUAAAACUAAAGCAGAAGAUAAAAUCAAAUCAAGAGAUCGUAAGAAAUCUCCAGUUAUUAAUGAAAAUAAAAUUAGAGAUCGUAGCAAAAAAUCCAGAUCUCCAGUAGAACGAAGAAGCAAAUCCAAAGAUAGACAAUCAAGAUCGAAAGAUCGAAAAUCCAGGAGAUCGGAGACUGAAAAAGAAAAGAAGCUCACCAAAUCUCCUUCAAAAGAUGUGUCGUCAGGUAAAGAAAACAGGUCUCCUAGUAAAAGACCUGGUCGUAGCCCUAAAGGACGAAGUUUAUCUCCAAAACUACGAGAUAAGCUAAGACGCAGCAGAUCACCCCUCCUUAAUGAUCGCAGGUCUAAGCAGAGUAAAUCACCAUCUCGAAAUCGGUCUCCUGGUAGGAGAGCAAAGAGCAGAUCAGCAGAGAGAAAAAGAAGAGAAUCGGAAAGGAGACGUUUUUCUUCUCCCAGAACGCGAACUAGAGAUGAUAUCCUCUCUAGACGGGAGCGAUCAAAAGAUGCCAGUCCACCUAGAUGGUCUCCUUCAAGAAGAAGAUCCAGGUCUCCCCUUCGACGAAGAUCCCGCUCUCCCCUUCGACGUAGCAGGUCUCCAAGAAGGAGAAGUAGAUCUCCCCGGAGGAGAGAUAGGGGUAGACGCAGUAGAUCUCGUUUGAGAAGACGAUCCAGAUCACGAGGUGGCCGUAGACGGCGGAGCAGGAGCAAAAUAGAAGAUAAAUUUAAAGGAAGUCUUUCAGAAGGGAUGAAGAUUGAGCAAGAAUCCUCAUCUGAUGAAAACCUUGAAGACUUCGAUGUUGAAGAAGAAGAUGAGGAAGCUCUAAUAGAGCAAAGAAGAUUACAGAGGCAAGCAAUCGUGCAGAAAUACAAGUACUUAACUGAGGAUAGUAACAUGUCUGUGCCAUCUGAACCAAGUAGCCCUCAAAGCAGCACUCGCAGUCGUUCAAACUCACCAGAUGACAUUCUUGAACGGGUAGCAGCUGAUGUUAAAGAGUAUGAACGAGAAAAUGUGGACACUUUUGAAGCCUCAGUAAAGGCAAAGCACAACCUCAUGACAGUUGAACAAAAUAAUGGUUCAUCUCAGAAGAAAAUCACAGCUCCUGAUAUGUUUACAGAAUCAGAUGAUAUGUUUGCUGCAUAUUUUGACAGUGCACGUCUUAGAGCUGCUGGCUUUGGAAAAGACUUCAAAGAAAAUCCAAAUCUCAGGGACAACUGGACAGAUGCUGAAGGAUAUUAUCGUGUUAACAUAGGUGAAGUUCUAGACAAACGUUACAAUGUAUAUGGUUACACUGGCCAAGGAGUUUUCAGUAAUGUGGUUAGAGCCAGAGAUAUGGCAAGAGCAAACCAAGAAGUGGCUGUGAAGAUCAUUAGGAACAAUGAACUUAUGCAAAAAACUGGUUUAAAAGAAUUGGAAUUCUUGAAAAAGCUCAAUGAUGCAGACCCUGAUGACAAAUUUCAUUGUCUACGUUUGUUCCGACAUUUUUAUCAUAAGCAGCACCUCUGUUUAGUAUUUGAACCACUCAGUAUGAAUUUACGAGAGGUACUGAAGAAAUAUGGAAAAGACGUUGGUCUCCAUAUAAAGGCUGUGCGAUCCUACAGUCAGCAGUUAUUCCUGGCAUUAAAACUUCUGAAAAGAUGCAACAUUUUGCAUGCUGAUAUCAAACCAGACAAUAUUUUGGUGAAUGAAUCAAAAACCAUUUUAAAACUUUGUGACUUUGGAUCAGCUUCACAUGUUGCUGACAAUGAUAUCACACCGUAUCUUGUUAGUCGAUUUUACCGUGCUCCUGAAAUUAUUAUAGGCAAAAUCUAUGACUACGGUAUAGAUAUGUGGUCUGUAGGCUGUACAUUGUAUGAACUUUACACAGGGAAAAUAUUAUUUCCUGGGAAAACCAAUAAUCAUAUGUUGAAACUUGCUAUGGACCUCAAAGGAAAGAUGCCAAACAAGAUGAUCCGAAAAGGAGUGUUCAAAGAUCAGCACUUCGAUCAAAACCUCAACUUUAUGUACAUAGAGGUAGAUAAAGUAACAGAAAGGGAAAAAGUGACUGUGAUGAGCACCAUUAAUCCUACAAAGGACCUACUUGCAGAUUUAAUUGGGUGCCAACGCCUCCCUGAAGAUCAGCGCAAAAAGGUGUGUGCGUGCAGGCCACAGCAGCAUGCCCUUGGUGUAGUCAGUGCCGAAGGGGGUCUGUUCCUUCUUGAGCCUGCCCACAGGGAUGGUCUCCUCUUUUAAAGCAGGUUUCGUACAACUUUCAGUACACUGAAGGUAAGCUAAACCAUCAACAUCACUGGUGUUUAAGAUGUUAAUUGUACUGGAUCAACUGACCAAUGAGAGUCAGUCACUUUGUAGCAGAAUUCCCUGCAUGUUUUAUAAAGGAUAUAUAUAUAAAUAUAUAUAUUUUGUUUUCUGGCAUUACAACUGUGGCAUAAUUCCAGCUUCUGUUUGAUCAUCACAUUCAAAGGAAAAAAGUGGAGGAGUGUGCACUUGAUGGAGAGAGCGCCUUCAGUGUACUGUUUAUAUUACUUUUUUUAAAAUAUCAACUUGCUACAUGGACUUUAUACCUUUUGUUAAAUACAGUUCACGAUGGCAUAAAACCAGUACUUAAGUCAUUUUCAUUUACUAACAACAAAUGCUGAGCUCUGAUUCCAAAAGUCCUUAUCUCCUCUUGGCCAGAUAGAAAGCACCAUAAUUAAAUUUUUAGCUAUUUGUAUGUCAUUUGAAAAUGUACUGCUUUAUGCUAAAGGUGUUUUCAUUUGUUCAUUGUUUUCAUUAUUUGUGAUCAUGUUGUCUUUCAAUACAGGCAUAAACCUUCCACUCUUGAACAAAGCAGCUGCUUUUUAAAAGCGGUAAUUGCUUCUUUACCUUUUAUUUCUUUUGUAAAUGAAACUUUCUUUAAGAAAUGUGACUUAAAGUGUUGUCUCUUGCAUAAAAUAGUUGACAUUCACUUAUUGUAAAGUGAAGAUUGUUCUGCUGCAUGUAAAGUGGACCAUGCAGAUUUCUGUAUGUUUUUGGUAUGCAUCAUUAGAUAAUAAAGUCUUUUGUGAACAAGGCAUUGGUAGCCCUUUUUAAAAGAUUUUUGUCUCCAGUGUUGCCGACUCAGGUAAACCAUAAGAAGAAAUCUUCCAUUUUUGAUAGUCCUUUAAUUAAAACAAUUACUAAAAGAUGUGAUCCCCUGAAAGAACUUUUAGAUUAUUAAUUAUUGACAGUUCAGUGUAAAUACUAUCCCCAGCCCCCUGCAGAUAUUGUCUGCUUUCAUUGUUAGGAAAUUUAUUCCUGUAGGUUAUUGAAUUAGAUGCAGGUUUUAACUAAUGCUUGUGCUGUUUUUCUUACUUUUCCUUUUUGAUGGUGCUGAGAGAGACAAAGGAAGGCAAGUCACAGGCCACUCAACGCCUACUCCAGGGGGUCUGGUUUGCUGAGACACCAUCUUCACCUUCCUAACAAGGUUAUUUCUGACAGCAUGUGUAGAUAAACAUUUAGCAACAA